GAUUCGAAAUUAACACAGAGAUAUUUUUAAAAUCGGUUGAGUAGAGCGGAGAGCUUUUAGUGUAUUCAUAUGAAAAUUUCGAGUAAAUUUUCAGAAAUGUUGAAACUCAAAUAGAAUUGUAUUGAACGUUUAACGUGGCGGACGUGUGUUUUCAAAACUCUAGUUUAUUAAGUUUAAAAUUUGUCUAAAGGCAGCAGCGAGCGGAUUGUAUUGAAUUGAAGACGUUUGAAAAAAUAGAAAAAUAAAAGAAAAAUAUUGUAUACAUAUAUAUACAUACAUAUAUAUAUUAAAUACAUACAUAUAUAUAUAUGGCGGUGUCUUACAAAACAUAUACCAGCACAGAUAUGAUGAAAAUUUAAUUUGGAAUUAAAUAAAAUUGGAAAAUUUUCUAUAUUAAUGUUCAAAUGACCUGAUUUAAACAUUAUUAUUAUGGAUAGACUACAUGUUGAUAGAGCUGCAAUGAAUACACCCUCCUCAUCAUCUGCCACCACGCCCACUUCACGUCCACCAUCACGACGUACUUCAACAAUCAUUCCGCGUGAAUCGCUGCCAACACCGCCACCAGAUCCUAGAGAAACGCUGACGAGAAAUUCCCAAAUAGAAAAUGUCUUCAUUUAUCCACCAACCAAAAAAGAUUUACCCGUCGAAUUUCACGGUCUGCUCAAUUAUACUGAACGUCAAGAAGAAUUUCAGAGAAUGCUUAACCGAACAAUAGCCAAUGAUUGCCAGAAUCUCCAUCGCACAGGCACCAAUACAGUAUCAAACGAAAGAAAGGAUUCUCGCGAUGAGGAUAAACAGCGCCAACAUCAGUGUCAGUGCUGUGAUCGCAUACGUAAGGAAUGCGAAGAAUCUAUAGAGCCGCUACAAUAUCGUUUAACUUCGACAAUAACAGCUGCUUUGGCAGCUUACGGAGCCAUCGAACAAUUGAAUCGUAUGUACGGUAUAUGGGAUCAAUAUUUGGCCAUGGACAGAGAAAUGUGUCAACGUAAAGAGUGUUUACGUUACGUUAAAACAUUGGAACGAAAGUGCGAGGAUCCAAAACCUAUGGAGAAACAUUAUGCGGAAACAACACUUUCCGACCAUGAAAUCGAUCAUCAAGAUAUGGAACAAUCUAUAGCUUUAUUGGAGACAAUAUUAAAACCUGAACAAACUGGACAUCACCAACAACAUCAUCAUCAUCAUCAAAGUCAGCCAAAGCUGCAGGAAAUGAAACUGCAACGUGAACGCAGCAAAUCUUUUAUGAUUGAGGAUAUGUCCAGUAUGCGGGGGGAACGUGAUGCCUCCAAGAGCAAUGCAGGCCAUCUGUUGAGACGCCAAAGUACUUACAGUGAUAGUAAAUCCAAAGUAUCUAAAUGGACCAAAGUUAAGGCGGCUUUUAAAUGGGAACGAGCAAAUGUUCCCGCUUUCAUUGAGUGUUCUCGUGAUGGCAUUGGACUAACACCCAACAAUACGGAAGUGGCGCGAUAUUUGCGUGUGCCAUCGUUACCUUGCGGUACCAGUUCGGCUGAUAGCAUUUUGAGCUCAUCAUCGGGUCAUUUACUCAGUGAUGCCGGCACACCGGGCACCAUCAGUUCGGCCAGUUCAAUGGAUGAUAUUGAGAACGCCUGUAUCAUGAGAAGAGAUUCUUCAAAAAGUGAUAUACUGGAGACUCCAGCUGAAAGGUCAUCAUCACAGCCGCAACUGCAAGAAUCAAAGUCGCCUGAUAGUUUAAACACUACCACGACCUUACCAUCGGAAUUUAAUAGCAGUGGCAUAGCAAGCAAAUCAUCAUCGAAUAAGUCCAUACGUAAAUGUAAAUUAGUGCCGGAUUUUGAGGUAUUGCCAGAAGAUGUUGAAGCUGUUAUACCUCCUGGCUCUAAACGCAUAAAUCGUACUCCUCCUAGUCCUUUAAAUUUAAAUUUGAGUCAGGAUCUUAAUGACUCCGAUCAUCAAUAUUACACCUCACCUCAAUUGUUAAAGGCCAGUCCACAAGAUGGCACACAGUCAUUAAAUCGUACAUUAAGAAAAAUCUCAUCGCCCGUCAAUUCCUCUGUGCCCUCUAGUCCAUCCAGGCAUUCUGAUUUCUUUGCAGAAUUCGAAUGUGAAGAAGUCUCCAGUGGUGAUUUUUCCGAGCCUAACUCACCAAAUCAUUUAAGCUCCCGCAAAAGCUACGAACUACAGCAGGAUGAAAUCAACAGACGCUAUCAGAUAUUAAGAACCAAACUCGAUAAAGAGUUUGAGAAUAAGAGAAAAGAAUGGCAAAAACUUAAAUCAAAUAGAGCCAUGGCUUUAGUGACCGCUCCUCGUCCGCCCGAACCUUUAUCGCCAAAUCCCUCGGCUAUUAGCAGUAAUCUCUCGGCCAAACUUUUAGAAGAGAAUCUUACACCUGAUUUCAAAAAGAAAUUACAAAAAUGGCGUGUUAAGAAACAAGCUUCUAUUGUUGGCAUACAUCCGGUCGCACCCAUGUCUCCUACCAUACCUAAAGAUCCAAAUACAAAAAUUGAUUGGCAUCUAUGGAAAACGGGCCAAUUGAAAUUAGAAGGCCAAGGUUUGACACCGCUGCCAGAUCAGAAAGAUUUGCCCGAAGAUUUUCAAAAGAAAUUGGAACAAUGGAAUAAAAUAAAACGUGGUGGCUCCUCAACGAGUUGUACGGAUUCAUUGAAACGUACAUAUAAACAUGGAGGAUCGGGUAAGAAAGGAGAAUCUGAUGAUGAUCGUGGGGGUGAUAAGGACAAACGAAUAGAUAAACAUAAACCACACGAUAAAGAAAAAUACGAAAGAUUAGCGAAACUAAAGGCCAUUGUCAGCGAACAUCCAGCUAAAGAGAUUGAGGUGAAAACCUCGGCUGGUGUUAUGAAAUUUGAGGGCAUAUCUCGUAAAUUUACGCGAAAACUCUAUGAGUGGGAAAAAGCCAGGGGCAUAGGACCAGAAUCUUCAACAUUUGCCUUAUUACAUCCCGGUUAUUGUCCAAUCGAUGUUAAGCGCAUCUCAAAAGAGUCACAUAAUCAUGAAAACUCUCCCACGCUUAGUCGUUCUUUAUCGUUGGACAGUAUUUCGCCUAGUAUUGCUUUGCCCGUAAUUUCUCAACAGGCCUCCAGUCUCUCGUUGAAUGAUGUCAAUGAGCUGAAAGAAAUGGAGGGUGUGGUCAGCAGCACUGAUGCUUUGGCCUUGGACAGCGACUACAACAAGAAGUAUGACGAACCGGAGGCAGUAAUGGUGGAAGUUGAGGAUCAUAUAGUGGAGACGGCAUCGCCUUUGAAAUUAAUGCAUCCCUUGGAUAAGAAACAAACACCAAUUUAUAAGUAUGAGGAGAAAGCUUGUAAAGAUUUUUGCAAUUCCAGGAAAAUACAAAGUUUUGAAUCUCAUACAAAUGUGGCGCCUUUAUUGAAUGUCUUGAAAAAUUCCGAGGAGUUAUUAAAGUUAAUGAAACAAAAAUCAUGCGAUAUUGCAGAAAAUGAAACGUUGCAUUUAUGUGAUGGCGUUUUGGCCUUAAUACGCAGCAGUUAUUCUUAUUAUGCCGAUAAUUUAAUGAAACCAAAUGUGCUGAAUGCCAUAUCGGAUGUACAAAACGAGCUCAGUCGUUUAAGAAAUUUGUGCGAGAAAAGUCCUCUGGAUGAGGCCUGUUGUCAAGAGAUCAUGGAAGAAAGAAAUCUGGAGUAUAAUGAAGAGAUUCAGGGUUUACAUGAAACUCUAGAAAUUCUCAAACAAAAUAUACAAGGAGGCUAUCCACGUUUCUCAAAAGAUAUAGUACCCGAUAUAAAUAUAAUAACAGAUGACGGAUAUCAGCAACCCUCGUCAAUAACACCAAAUGAGAAACGUUUCGAUACACUCUCCACAACCCUAGAAGCUACCGAUGAGUUGAGUACCUCUAUGGUGGAGAAUGAAAACAAACCAAAAACCUUUAGCAAUAGUAAUGGUAUUGGUGGUUUGCCAGGUGGAGCAAUGGCUGGGGGGAAUAUAAGCUUUGGUGGUGGUGGAGGUGCCAAGAAAAAGGUACGUUUGCGCAAAAUGGGCUCCAGGCAAAAUAGCAAAACCGAAAGUGAUAGCAGUGAUCAGGAUAAUCAUAGUCUUUUGGAAACACCCAGACGUUUGAAGCGUAAAAAUUAUCGCCUUAAGCAAAGGUCAUUCGAUGAAGAUCCUAGUUCGGCCACCAUAGCAGAGGAUAUGGUUUAUGUUUUGAAGGUAAAACCGGGUCAGCCCAUACAACAAAUUUGUGAUACGGCUGCCACAACUAUAGACAGUGGAGUACCAAGUAAUAAUACUUUUGCUAGAUUACCUUUGGCCACCUCGACUUCUUUACCCAAUGUAUUUGUGAAAACCAAACGAAAAGUAUUUACCACGGUGCAGCAACCAAUGGCUAAAGAUGGCUUGGCAAUAAUAGAGCAGGAAAUUUUACAUUCUCCCACAGAACUCAUCAAGCAAACAAAUAAAGAAACUCCAGAAAACUGUGAAAAAGAUAAAACCUCAAGUCUAACUAACUCACAAAAAGAAAGUUUAAUACGAAAUUUGGAAAUAGAGCUCAAACCUCGUGUUCUAUUGGUACACAAAUCCAUUAGUUUAGACGAUGUGUGUUCCGAUAACAAUUCGGACGAUUUGCGCAAGACACGCAGUGCACAAAGUUUAAAAGAAACGAUAGAUUCCAAAGCAGCUACAAGUUCAAAGGGGUUUCGCACACCCUUGGCUACAGACAGCUUUCGCUUAUUGAAUCGCCCGCGAGAUAUUCCCUUAAAGCUGGACAAUAUUACCAGAUUUCAAAAUAUGCUACAGUAUCCCAAAACUAAAAAAGAUCAUUUGUAUAGGAAAAAUAAUGAAAAAUCGUUUAGUGUAAAUCCCGUGCACUUCAAAGGAGCCACCAUUAAGAGGAUCGAAAAUAAAAUUGCUAAAACACAAUCGGGUUCCUCAGUGGCAGAUACGGAUUUUUCAAAAUUUCUCUCACCCGACAAACUCGAUAAUACAGUUCCUCGCAUAGCCAGAAAAUGGGAUCGCAAGUCCCUAACACCCACCAGCCAACAAAUUAAAUUCGACUAUCCCACACCCACCAACUCUGAGCCCACUAGUCCAGUAUUCGAACAAACUUGUAGACCCAUGACACCUUUAAACGAACGCGCUUUGCGCAUACAAAAAGCCAAAGAAGAAUUCCUGCGUGAUAAACCCAGUCCCAUAGCGGUGGUCAAAUUAAGGCAAAAUUUUCGCCGUGAUGAAAAUUGGGGCGAAAAGAGACAAAGCGAUUUAAGCCUAAGUUCCACCACAGCCGAUGAAUGCUCUGCGCAUUGUGAACUAGCCGAAUCAGAGGAUAAUGUGCUGCACAAAAGUCUAAGUGCGGACACCAUACGAGCUGAAUCGCCACCCACACAAUCCGAUACUGGCACUGAUCAGGACUUUGGCGGCAUUUACGAUUCCAUAUCACGACAAGUUACCAGAUCUGGUAAAAUUUCCAGCAAAUUAGGUUUUGCUACCCUGGCCUCCAAACUGCGUAGAGUGAAGGGCAAAAAGGCCAAAGAUCCCAAUACAUCGUUAGCUUCAACGAAUUCCAACACCGCCAGUGGCAGUGCAUUAUCGGCUCUCUGCCGUCAAAGUUUAUUCACCGACCUCAUUGUAGCCCCCCAAAUCAUUUCAACUGACACUGAACCGAAAGUCUCAACUUCGCGUGACAGUGUCAUGAAGUCACAAUCGUCACCUCAUGCUUUGCAAAGAAGUCCCAAUACUGCUUCGGGUGAUUUGAGUCGUUUCAAUAACGAGCGUUUAAAUAAAUCCCAAAGCGAUCAAUAUGUUAAACGUCACAAGGAAAGUUAUGUCUAGUCAAUAUAAACAGUUUAUUUAUUUUAUAUUUAUUACUACUACUACUACUAUUAUUUUAUACACAACUGUAAUUUUAUGAAAACAACAACAAAAAAAUACUCGUAUUUACUACUAUUUAAUUUAUUAUUUUUCUUGUCCAUAUACCACAAAAAUGAAACUAAAAUAUUGCUUUUUUUUAAAUGUGUUUUACCAUUUUUUUUUUAAUUUUUGUAUUUGUUAUUAAUUUUUUAAAAUAAAUUGUAAAACAAAAUGCAAAAAGAUGAAAAGUGGAAAAUAA